ACUCAGGCGGGAUCGGUUGCGUAAAUACUUUUGAAAGGCCCUAUCAGCGCGGGGGGCGGCACGUUUGAUCUGUGCGUGGGCUCUAACGGUGGCGAGUCCGGGCAGUGAGCGGCCUGCGCCAUGGAUGCUGAGGGUUGGUCGGAUCUCCGGCUGCUGCACGAUCUCAAGAAAAGCCGCAGCCGUUUCCAGACGCUCAUGCAGCGGCUGAUAGCGAAGUACAACCAGCCAUUUGAGGACGACCCGCUGGUGCAGAUGGCCACGCUGACCUACGAGACGCCCCAAGGAUUGAGAGUUUGGGGAGGAAAGCUGAUAAAGGAAAGAAACAAGGAACAAACUCAGAUGAUUGCCAGAUUAAAGAGGCAGAGUCCAGAUGGCAGUUCAGAAAGCAGCAGUGCAGAUACAAGCGCAGAAGAGGAGCGUCGGCUAGCGUGCACCUUGACGCCUGCAGUGCCUGGAAGCCCCUGGAAAAAUGAUUUAAGAAGGAAGUACUUGAGCCAGGUGGAUAUCCUGCUUCAAGAUGCAGAGUAUUUUAAGAGCGCAGAGAAGAGAGACGGAAAAGACACACUCGUGACCUGGGUUCCUUCCUUACCUGUCACACCAGCCCCUGGAUGCCAGGAUAGUAUCUCUGCAGAGAGCUUUGGCAUCCCUGAAGUGUCAGCUUCGUCCUCCAGAGACUCGAGUCCCUCAAACCCUUGCCCAGAUGACAUGGCCAUUAUACCUAGAAAUGACAGCUUCUCCUUACUAGAGACCAGCAGCAACAGCUUAAGCAACCAGUCCCUUGAGGAUGACAUUUGCAAUGUGACAGUCAGCGAUUUAUACGAAGGCAUGAUGCAUUCAAUGAGUAGGCUCCUGAGCUUAAAGCCCUCGUGCAUAAUCUCCACCAAGACCUACAUCAACCGGACCUGGAACCUCAAGAGGAGGCUCCCACGUAAGAGUGGGGUGCACGUGAACAGGACAUUCUGCCACAGGAGCAAGCCCUCCCAGAGGAGCUCCAAGAAGGGGCCCUGCUCAGAGCCAGGGAAAGAGGCCAGAAUAUUAAGAGACUGCAGGAACGUAUUGCACAUUGCUCCCCACAAGACAGACUUAAAACUGGAAAGGGGAUCUCUUGAAGGAAGCAAACUCCAAGUCCAUAAAUUCAGUCCAGCUUGGAAGGAGCUUCAGGGGACACCUCAGAAGUAUUUAGACUUAAACCGGAUGUACUACCUUGAGCGAGAAAACAGACUGAAGACCUUGCAGUGGCUAAUCUCACCUGUUAAAGCACUCCCCAGACCCAGGAUGCUUCCGAGUCGAGCAGAGAAGUGCCACAGGGAGAUUGGAAGGAAAUUUGACCAACUUCAUCAGGAAUGUUGCCUGUCUUCUGGGAAACAGCCUCGCCUGGCUGGCCCCACAGAGUCCUGGGCUGUAGAUGUGUACAGAGGUAGUUCUAGAAGCCCAGGCAGCCCCCAGGGCAUAAAAACCCACAGGCUGAGUUUACUUUUCAACAGAGGAAAGAGGUCAAGUGAGGCUUUGGAAGACCUGAGCGAAAUGUCUGUCAAAGCCAGUAGAUGUCUCCCAAGGAACGAUCCUGGUCCAUCACUGUCAGAGGACAGCGCCUCACAAAGCCCAGGCCAAUCUCAACAGAUGUCUGGCCUUUUCCUUCAAGGACAUAAUUCUGGACCAAUCAGAAAGGCAGUAUCGCCCAGUGUAGCAAUUUCAGCACCAUGGAUAGGCCCUCAGGGUUGUGGGAGGAAUCGCUAUGAUGAGAUUAAAAAAGAAUUUGACAAGCUUUAUCAGAAGUAUUGCCUGAUGUCACCUCAGCGGGUGAAGGAGACCUCUCACGUUCCAGUACCUCCAGUGAAAGCUGGUGCAGCUGUUCCUAGUCAGACAGAGGACUUAAGAAAAUUAAAUCCAGACUCUGGAUUCCAGAGUUCCCCCAAAUUGUCAACAUCUCCUGGCUGGAACAUAAGAAGCCCACAAGACUCAAUUCCAGUUGAGGCACACAUGUCUGCAUGGACUACUAGCACUACUGUGAGAGACCCUCAGUUCCCAACAAAGAGGCGCAAGUUGUCGUACCCUCCCACGUGUGCGCACCAGGCCGAGUCUCAGGAUUCCUCAGGAACAGCAAGCAAAGCCAUGCUCUGGGCAGAAAAGCAGGCCGACCCCGAGGGGCCUGACUGCUGAUGAGGCGUUUCUGUCUGUUGGGCAUGGUGUUUAUGUGUAUCAAGUAGCUGCUGUGGGACAAGACUCUAUGGCAAACACUUCUGUUUCUCUUGUUGGAGAUGGGACUCGGGGCAUCACUUGCUAAGCAGUCUACAACUGCAGCCCCCUGUAGCCACUCAGCCUCUGUCCAGCCACCCACCCUGCUCUGCAUCACACCAUCAUCUCUGUCCUUUCAUGUGGAAUGUUAGUGGUACCUUGGCCACCCAGCCAAGCUCAGCCAUUAUCAGCCAUUAUUGCUUCUCCUGAUCAGGUUCAGGAGGAUCCUCAAUGGUAUUCUUUCUCUUAAUUUUAAUUAUUUGCCUUGUCUCUACUCCCCUCCCCCAUAUCCUCACAGUCUAUACUUCUGCCUCGGCACCUACCCAUGCUUCCAGAGGACAUGGUAAACAUGGGUAAAUCCAUGGGUUAGGGCAUAAUACAGAACCCUUGGCUUGAUCUUUGGAGCUCUGGAUUUUAUUUUUUCUUUUUGGGGGAAUUUUUGUUUCAUUUGGUUUUUGAGACAGGUUCUUACCUAAUUAAGGACUGACCUUGGCUUCACUGUGUAGUCCAGAUGGUCUUGAGUUCCUGAUCCUCUCGCCUCUGCUUCCCAAAUGCUGAGAGUAUUUUUGUUUCCUAAUUUAUUUCCAUGGGUAAAGUACUUUGUGAACUCUAUCUUCCUGGUUGAAAUUCCAGGAAGGGACCUGCCUAUGAUCAGGCCACAGCAGGGCUAGACCUGUAGAGCAACCCAUGACAACUGGGUCUCUGGCUGCCUGGUGUGGCAGUCGUCCAUAGCAGGGUGCACCUACCAACAGUAUCCUUGUUUUUGGUCUAGAGCUGUGUGCCUAACUGCCUCGACCUCUUGAGCCCUUUCCUAGACCAGACUGCCACCUUGUGUCUCAGUGGCCUGCUCUGGACACUGGGAGUGACUGUGAGUGUGCUCAUAGUCAGGUCUCCUCAGCGUAACCUGAGAUCCUCUGAUGGGAAGGACAAGGUCUCUAAAACCGAAGCCCAUAGCGCCCAUCCUCAUCUAGCCCCUGUGUCCUCAGCCUUCUGCUCAUGUCCCCAGCUGUCCCAGGAACACAGCUGUGUCCCCUGCCCUCCCGUCUGGACCUUCUUCCUGCUCUUGAUCCUAUAAAAUCCUGCCACUUCGUUUUAAACCCUGUUCUUGUUUUUCUGAGACCGGUCUUGCUGUGUAGUCCAAGCUAAUCUUGACCUUGUGGCCCUCCUGCCCAACCUUCCUAAGUAGGGGUAUACAUGCACAGGAGCGCCUGCCUUUAACUUCCUUCUGUUUUCUUUCUACUUCAGUUAUAAGUCACUUGGAGAGGGGAUCAGAUCUCCACAUUCAGUGAUAACAUGAAGGCCAUUACUAGCUAGUGCCUUCUUUGUGUGAAGCCAGUGAGCCUUUUGUAUGCCUUACUCAAUCCACAUGAGAACCCUUUGGUGAGAUGGGCAGGUUCUGUCUCAUGGUAAGAAGAUAUGCUGUGUCUGCUAACUCCUAAAUUCACUCAAGUUGGGCCAAGACUUAAGCCCAAGGACUUAGCAUGGGGCACAUGGCCUGCUGGGAUAACAGCAACCUUUGUCAUUAAUGCUAUUGCUGUAGUGUGCCUUGAGUUAUUUAGCACGAUGGAGUUUCCCAUCGUGGUCAUAGACAUUUAUAUGAGUGCAGUAGAGUAGAAGUUAGGCAUUCAGCAGCUGGCCUGAAGCACUAUUGGGGUUGUACAAAGAACUCUUUCAUCGUUCAGGAUGGAAAUGAUUUUUAGGAAAACCCAAAGUUUAAAAAUGUUGCCUUGCCUCUAGUUGUGCUUUUAGAUGGGGUCUCUGUCACUGUGUCACCCAGGCUGGCCGUAGAUGCACCUCAAGUAUGCAGUCCCAUGACUGUUCUACCUUUGCUUUGCCUGUGUGUUGCCCUGCUUGAAGUGUCUGUCCUUAAUGCAGCUCUGGGGCAGCCGGUGUCAUGGGAAGUGCCUGGUGUGAUUCUGCAAUAAAGUUAACAUUUUCAGUGUCAA